AUGUCGCUUAAGGCUCAAGUCCCUCCCACUCCAGCCAGUAAAACUUUGCCCACCAACACUCAGACCGAUGCUACUAUUCUUGCUCCUCCGAGUCAAACAAUUGAUUGCAAACGUUCACAGUUAAGCUAUGCAGAAGCAGUGAGAUCUUCCCACCCAAAUGGCGUCAAGGCCACAAUCAGGCCUUUGAAUUCAGGUUGCUCGCGUGGCAAGUCUUCUUUGAUUCCCGAAGUCGCUGCCAGCUGA